CGCUCCGAGCCCCGGCUCCGAGCAGAGGCUUGGCGCCGCGCUGCCAGAGGCGCGGAGCGCCCGCACAGAGAGCCCGCGGAGCGCCAGUUCUCAGUGGGGACAGGGCUCCCACCCGGGGACUCUCCCGUGGAGCCGAGCUCGACAAAUGGGCGCAUGAAGAAGGAGAGCAGGGAAAUGGACUGCUAUUUGCGCCGUCUCAAACAGGAGCUGAUGUCAAUGAAGGAGGUGGGUGAUGGCUUGCAGGAUCAGAUGAACUGCAUGAUGGGUGCACUGCAAGAACUGAAGCUCCUACAGGUGCAGACAGCAUUGGAACAGCUGGAGAUCUCUGGAGGGGGGCCUGUGCCAGGCUGCCCUGAAAGUCCUGGGACACAGCCCGAUCGCCCUCGAUGGGAGGGUGGCAGAGGUCCUGCUAGGCCCGUGGUCUGCCCCGCUUCCAGUCAACCUACUCCUGGCGGCAGCAAGUUUCCAUCCCGUAGGAGUGUCUGUGGGAGGGAUUUAGCCCCCCUGCCCAGGACACAGCUGCUGCACCAGAGCUGUGUCCAGCAUGGGCCAGAGCAGGUGGAACCAGAUGACUGGACCGCCACAUUGAUGUCCCGGGGCCGGAAUCGACAGCCUCUGGUAUUAGGGGACAAUGUUUUUGCGGACCUGGUGGGGAACUGGCUAGACCUGCCAGAACUGGAGAAGGGUGCGGAGAAAGGUGAGACUGGUGGAGCGGGUGAGCCCAAAGGAGAGAAAGGCCAGCCCCGGGAGCUGGGCCGCAGGUUUGCCCUAACAGCCAACAUCUUUAGGAAGUUCUUGCGUAGUGUGCGGCCUGACCGUGACAGGCUGCUGAAGGAGAAACCAGGCUGGGUGACUCCCGUGGUCCCCGAGCCCCGAGCAGGUCGCUCCCAGAAGGUCAAGAAGCGGAGCCAUUCCAAGGGCUCUGGACAUUUCCACUUCCCAGGCACUGGGGAGCACAGACGAGGGGAAAAUCCUUCCACAAAUUGCCCCAAGGCCCUGGAACCCUCACCCUCCGGCUUUGAUAUUAACACAGCUGUUUGGGUCUGAAUCCUAGAGACAGAAAGUUGACUGAUCUGAAAGGGCCAGGCCCCUGGGGAGGAGGGAGGGCAGGCAGUAUGGCUUUUAAGAGCUCAACUCCAAGUUCAUUUUCCCCAGAAAGGAGGAAGAAGCCAGAGUUCUCAGCACAAGGCUGAAGGGAAUGUGGUUGGGAGAGGCUGUCUCAGGGGCUGGCUGGUGGGGGAGGUAAGAGCUCCUGGGGGGGGGGGGGAGAGAGAGAGAGA